UUUAGCUCACGUCGGUGAAUCACGCGCAUGCGUUGUUAGGAUUAGCGGCCAUUUUGGAAAAACGAAGAACUUACGACAGUAACAGAUGAAUAUAUCGUAGUUUUCUCAGUUAUUCAAGACUUAUCCUGUAGAAAUCACGUUAACAUGUCGAGGAGAGGUGACCUGGACUGUAAGAUAUACGUUGGAGACCUAGCGCGGGAUACAAAUGAGAAAGACGUAGAAAGAGCAUUCAGCUACUAUGGAAGGUUAAGAAGUGUUUGGGUGGCCAGAAAUCCAGCAGGGUUUGCUUUUGUUGAGUUUGAAGAUCCACGAGAUGCUGAGGAUGCUGUCAGGGGUCUAGAUGGAACGAAUCUCCAGGGGUCUCGCAUUAGAGUGGAGCAUUCCACAGGAAAAGUACGGCCAAAACCUUGGCUGCGUGGUGGCCGCGGGGGUAGAGGAGGAGGCCGACGACCAUUCCAUCCAGACGAUAGAUGUUACGAGUGCGGCGAGUCUGGGCAUUAUGCCUAUGAUUGUCCAAGACACAGAAGUCGAGGCAGCAGGAGACACUCAAGGUCUCGCAGCAGGUCAAGGUCCCGUGGGAGGAGAAGUUACACUCGCAGCAGAAGCAGGAGCCGUGACAACAGACGAGGAGGCCGUGACCGUAGUCGCGACAGAUACGGGGGACGAGACAGUCGUAGCAGGGAUAGAUAUGUCAGUCGUUCCCCAUCCAGGUCGAGAUCACGGAGCGGCGGAAGAAACGACAAUUAGAACUACAUCCAUCACCUCUCCAGCUGAUCCACCCCAUUACUUUACAUCACACGUCAUCUGUUAAUACCAUCAUCUCAUAACUGACACUGUAUUGGAGGGAAAUAUUAUUUGUAGACGUUUUUUUAUGAAAGAAAGAACAAGACAAGAGUUUACUGUUAUCUGAGUAAUUUUUGCGUGGUUUUUGCAGAUUCCUCAUACUGCGGGGAAAAAGGCGUUAAUACUGAAGUUGCUAAGUUUAGCCAACAUGAAAAUUUCUGGAUAUACAGUAAUAAGUAGUUAUGUGGAAGAUGGAUACGAUUUUGUUAAUACUCACAAAAGACUGAUGAGGGACAUGCAUUCAUUUUUAUCAUGUGUUUAAAAGUUCUAACAAAAAGUGUCAUUUUUUAUAUAAGUUGAGAACAUGAAAAGAAUUAAUGUUGUCUGUCACUGAUUGGAAGAAAUUUUUUGUGAUUGUACCAGUAGUGAUGACUAAGGCAAACAAUAUUUCUGUAAACUUUUGAUAAUUUCAAAUAGUUGAAAUCAGUUUUUCUUAUGAGGAGAUACCAUCUGUGAUGCUCUGUGUAAACGCAUACAUAAUUUUGGUUCUCAUGUUCUUAGUUGAACUAAUACUGGGUUGAAAAUUAAAAGUUUUAAUAGCAUGCUUUUUUCUUAAACUUCACACUUGCCUAAAAUGAAAAUAUGAAAUGUGCACACCCACUUGCAAAUAGACCAUUCACAAUGUUUGUACCAUACAAACUGUACUGGUCAGAAAUUCUGAUUUUAAAGAACUCGUCUUGUUUAUUUGUAUGACUAUAACUGGGUUUUUAUAAAUUCAGUGGUUUAAUCUGAACUGCUUAAUGCUACCAUACACCAGCUAGGUUUUAGUUUCUACUACAGGAAUAAAGCACAAUACAAAUUAAAAGUUCAUGUUUCAGAUAUUCUAUUUUGGCAUGUUUAAUGCGUUGUACUUUAAAUUUUGUACAAAUUGAGGAAACAUUGAUAAAUAAAAGUGGAAAUUUU